AUGUCCACCAUAAGUUACCGAUGGCCAAUGUUGAAUGUGCUACCAGCUUGCGGCCUAGCAGGAGCAACAUUUUCUAACACAGGUGUGCUGGAAUUUCUCUCUGUCGCUAUCGGUCUGGUGAGCAUACGAGGGGAAGUUUCACAACGAUACUUAUGUAUGGAUCGGGACGGGAAAUUAUAUGCAGCGGCCCCGCAGAACUACACUUCUGAAUGUGUAUUUCUCGAAGAAAUGAUGGAGAACUACUACAAUUUGUAUUCGUCAUGUGCUCAUGGCACACGAAAGCGACCAUGGUACGUCGCGUUGGUAAGUGAUCCGUUCAUAUUCACGCGUCGAACUGGUCGAAGUCGUCGCGGAAAGAACGCACGACGACGGAGGAAAGCCAGUCAUUUCCUCGUUAUACACUAUGACACACCACCUCCAGGAAGUCGCCUGCUGGCUCCAUCGUUGAAACACCAACCGCCAAAAGAUCAGUCGUUCAUACAACGUCAAAAUUUGGCGAAGAUGCAAACACGGAUCGAGCAAAUCCAGGGUCAACUAGAAAAUCGAGGUCCAACAACAUCAACUCACCUGCGUAGAAUUCGUAAACGUAAACGACGACGACAACAACGACUGGAACGCGAACAGCGACGACGACAACAACGACAGCAGGAGUUGGAGCGUUUGCGUGAGCAGGAACUCAGUCAAAAACGCAGACCCAAGUGA